CCUCAACAGGGGUGAAGGUGACUCUCCUGCUCGCGGAGGACAUGCAGAGGAAGCGUCGCGGACGCUCGCUUGCUCGCACGCUUCGCGUCUCAUCACUCAUCUACGACAGCUAAGAAACGACCCGCAUUCGAGCAUCUUCACGCGCAAACGGACUGAGAAGAGCUUUUCUCUGCGGGUUUGUUGUAUCCGUGGAUGCGUAUGCAUGUGUUCUGCACCGAACGGGCGAAAGCACCGCCCCAGAUCCGCAGCCAACAUCUUUCACAUCGGCAAGCCUUCACUGCGGGACCCGGAGCGUCGAGAGAGCACCGAGAGCGCGCGGAGAGCCCAGCGAGCGAUGGAUGACUGUAGAUUGACGGUCCAGGAGUUCAACACUCUCGUGGCCCUCCAUCGCGAGCAGGUCAUCUCUAUUGGUGAAAAUACAGUUGACUGUCCUGCUUUAAGGGCACAGAUGAACAAGACUCGCAUCAAAGGAUGCGCAGUAGCCCAGUGCGCCUAUCACAACCUCAUCGCAAUAUCUGGGCCAGAGGAUGGUGAAAUCCACCCAGAAAUAUGCAGGUUAUUCAUCCAGCUUCAGUGCUGCCUGGAGAUGUACGUUACAGAGAUGCUCAAGUCGAUGUGUCUGCUGGGUGUGCUGCAGCUUCAUAGGAAAGGAAAUGACACGUGUCCUGAGCCAAAUACGGACUUCAGGGUGGAUGAAAGCUCUGAUGUACCGAUGCUUGAAGACAGGUCGUCAUCACCUGUAGAUUUCCCACAGGAAUCUUGGCUUGUGUGUACAGACAUUGAAAACAUAGAGAGUGAUAUGCGUGAAAUGAGGAACCUAUUAAGCAAACUCAGGGAGACGAUGCCUUUACCAUUGAAAAACCAAGAUGACAGCAGCCUGCUAAAUUUAACUCCUUAUCCCCUGGUGAGGCAGAGGAAGAGGCGAUUCUCUGGGCUUUGUUGCCUUGUUUGGGGGUUGUCUUGUUGUCAAAGUGAAGACUUCCAGCUGCAGCGAUUUACUGGAAACAAAGGGGAUGGACGAAUUGUGAAAGAGAAGGAGAAUUUAAAAGGAAUUCACCCAGCUGGUAAGUUCAGACAGUCCAUCUUCUCCAUGGAUCGUACUACAGGACCUUUAGUCCUACUCUGCAUCCUUGCUUCAGUCACCCCCAUCAUGGGGUGUUUCUGCGACCACUAUCCAUGGAGCUCAUGGUCAUAUUGCACCAAAACAUGUAACUCUGGAACCCAACAACGUAGCAGGGCUGUUCGCCAUGAUGAGCACUGGUUCAAAGCUAAUUGUGCACAGUACUGUCAGACAUAUGAGAGCAGAGUAUGCAAUGUUGAGACUUGUCCAAUAAACUGCCAACUGACUGAGUUUGGAGAUUGGUCAGAGUGCUCACCGUGUGCCAAAAAAUCGCUCAGGACCAGGUCUGUUUUGACGCCAGCUCAGUUUGGUGGGGAAGACUGUAGUGAAUCUCUUACAGAGGAAAGACCUUGUCACCCCUCCACGGAAUGCAGGAUUGAGCCUGUCAAUUGUAAAGACAAGUUCAAGUGUGACACUGGAAGAUGUAUAAACUCUACUUUGGAGUGUAACAAGCAGAACGACUGUGGUGACAACUCUGACGAGAGGGACUGUGGGAAAUUAAAGCCAGUGUGUGCACGUGACAAUUUUCAGCCUGUUCCUGGAGCAGAUCUGAUUGGUUAUGGAUUUGAUGCUGUGGCAGAGAAGAUGAGGGGUGCUGUUCUGGAUAACACAUUCAUGGGUGGGCAAUGCACAAUAGAGAAGCAAGGUCCUAAUAGGAAGUACUACCGGAUCCCUGCCAACAUUGAGAAGUUUAACAUCAAGGUUGAAUAUAUUGAGGACAUUAAGAAGGAGAUUGUAAUCAAACCUGAGAAAAUCACCUUAGCCAAAGAUUCACAGUCAGAUCCAUCUAAAAUUGCAAAAGAUAUAACAGAUAUUCAUAGACUGUUGCUGGCUAUUUUUUCCGGGUCAUUAAAUCGCAAUUUCAAGGAGGCAAUCAAAGCAUCUCAGCAAAAGGACUCUGAGUUUUACAGGGUACAUCAGGUUGUUGCCACAUCGACAUUCAAAACUAAAUCAUCUGACCUUUACUUGUCAGAUCCAUUCCUUGAGUAUCUAAACGGUCUGCCAUUAGAGUACAAUUAUGCCCUUUAUAGACAAAUCUUUCAGAAGUUUGGGACACAUUAUUUCAGCUCUGGGACAUUAGGGGGGAGGUAUGACCUCCUGUUUCAAUUCAAUCGAGAAGAACUAAAAACAUCUGGACUGACAGAAGAGGAAACAAAAAACUGCCUAAGUCAAGAUAACACCCUCUUUACUAUAUUUUAUAAUAGAGAAUCACACAGUUCCACCUGUGGAUCAACUAAAAUAAACACUGAAUAUCAAGGGUCGAUUGUUAAAACAUCAGAGAAGGUUUUAACAUCAGUGCAAGGAGGUAAAUCUCAAUUUACAGCAGCGCUGGCCUGGGAAAAAAAAGGCGUAUCACCAACCAGCACUACUUACGACAACUGGGUCCAGUCUGCAAUAGAAAAUCCAGUUGUUAUAGAUUUUGAGCUGUUGCCUAUAGUGGAUUUGGUGCGAGGUCUUCCUUGUGCAACGACAAAGAGACGGCAUCUUCAUAAGGCACUGAUAGACUAUCUGACUGAAUUUGACUCUUGCAAGUGUGCUCCCUGCGCUAACAACGCACGACCAGCUCUCUCUGGAACCGAGUGCAUUUGCAUUUGCCAGACUGGGACCUAUGGAUCAAACUGUGAAAAACGAGCCCAGGACUACACUUCAGAGGCAGUUGAUGGCCGUUGGACAUGUUGGAGUCCCUGGAGUACCUGUGACGCUACCUUAAAGAAACAUCGUUCGCGCACCUGUACCAACCCUGCACCUCAGCGAGGGGGCAAACCGUGCCAAGGUCCAGAGAAAGAGGUGGAGGAGUGUACCAUCUCUAUUUUCCAGGAGCAAAAUGUGUGUAUUAAUGACGAUGACUUUGUGACUGAAGGGGACAGUGAGAGUAAGUUGCCUCCAGGAGUAACUGGGUGUCCAAAACCCAAACCACCUGCCAACAGCCACCUUAGGAUUAACAAACGUGUAUACGAUUAUGGGGAUCAUGAGGAGUUUGUUUGCUUUACUGGUUUCGAGCUGGAUGGAUACCAGCUAAUUCAUUGUCUUCAGAGUGGUUCCUGGGAGACUCCGAAGGGAAAGUGCAUUAAAAAAGUUUGCCCCAAACCAACAGUGGCUCACGAUAUGAUGCUAUACCCAGACAAAAGCGAGUAUACAGUGGGAAGUGCUUUCAUGUUGACCUGCUCAGAUAGCGGUAUGAGCCCAUCAGGUCCUCAGUAUUACACUUGUGGAAACAGUCUCACCUGGCAACCAAGCAUUCCAGAGGACAUACACUGCAAAAUUGAUAAGCCUUUCGUGCCAGACACCAACUGUAAACCUGGAGAAAUACAUGAUGGGAUUAAAUGUAGCUGUAUGUCCAAAGACAACUGCAAAGGUUAUAGGGCAGAUUUGUGCAUUUUUGAUGCUUCGAAAGAAGCUGCCUUUAUGAUGUCCUCCUGUGCCUUUCAUGCUAGCCGAUGUCACGGAGACAAAUUAUACUUUAUGAAUAAUGGACCAUGCAAAACUGACGCACACAGCCUGGACUGGGCCAAAUUCAGGGCCCGUGUAUCCGAGCAGAGCUCAGUACAGGAGUCCUGUGGAUCAGACACCUGUUACGAGUGGGAGACAUGCUCAGUGUCAAAUAAAUGUGAGUGCAAACUCCCAAAAGAUUGCUCAAAAGAUGGAAAACAUUUCUACUGCCUGAAUAUCAUAAGGGUGAAGAGCACACGGACCAUGAACCUAUGCUUUACGGCUGCAAUGAAGUGCAACAAGAUGGAAUUUGACAUACUGAAUGAAGGUCCUUGCUUGAGUGCUUAA